AUGUCGCUGUUGUCCGCGCUUACGCGGCCGGCUGGCCGGGCUCUGGAGCACGUGACCUGCGAGGAGGCUGCGGCUCAAGGCCAUUUUCAAAUCUCAUUGGCUUGGUUGUCAUGUGGUCGGCAGAGGCAUCCACAAUUACACGGGGAAUGUUUUCCUAGAGAUGUCAGCCUACAAAGGACACAAUCUCUCUUCUUCAAAUUCCUCCCCAAAAUGUCCUUUCCCAACAGCUCUCCUGCUGCUAAUACUUUUUUAGUAGAUUCCUUGAUCAGUGCCUGCAGGAGUGACAGUUUUUAUUCGAGCAGCGCCAGCAUGUACAUGCCACCACCUAGCGCAGACAUGGGGACCUAUGGAAUGCAAACCUGUGGACUGCUCCCGUCUCUGGCCAAAAGAGAAGUGAACCACCAAAAUAUGGGUAUGAAUGUGCAUCCUUAUAUACCUCAAGUAGACAGUUGGACAGACCCGAACAGAUCUUGUCGGAUAGAGCAACCUGUUACACAGCAAGUCCCCACUUGCUCCUUCACCACCAACAUUAAGGAAGAAUCCAAUUGCUGCAUGUAUUCUGAUAAGCGCAACAAACUCAUUUCUGCUGAGGUCCCUUCGUACCAGAGGCUGGUCCCUGAGUCCUGUCCCGUUGAGAACCCCGAGGUUCCUGUCCCUGGAUAUUUUAGACUGAGUCAGACCUACGCCACCGGGAAAACCCAAGAGUACAAUAACAGCCCCGAAGGCAGCUCCACAGUCAUGCUCCAGCUCAACCCUCGCGGCGCGGCCAAGCCGCAGCUCUCGGCCGCCCAGCUGCAGAUGGAAAAGAAGAUGAACGAGCCAGCGAGUGGCCAGGAGCCCACCAAAGUCUCCCAGGUGGAGAGCCCUGAAGCCAAGGGCGGCCUUCCGGAAGAGAGGAGCUGCCUGGCAGAGGUCUCCGUGUCCAGUCCCGAAGUACAGGAGAAGGAAAGCAAAGAGGAAAUCAAGUCCGAUACUCCAACCAGCAAUUGGCUCACUGCAAAGAGUGGCAGAAAGAAGAGGUGCCCUUACACUAAGCACCAAACGCUGGAAUUAGAAAAAGAGUUCUUGUUCAAUAUGUACCUCACCCGCGAGCGCCGCCUAGAGAUCAGUAAGAGCGUUAACCUCACCGACAGGCAGGUCAAGAUUUGGUUUCAAAACCGCCGAAUGAAACUCAAGAAGAUGAGCCGAGAGAACCGGAUCCGAGAACUGACCGCCAACCUCACCUUCUCUUAG